UUUUAGUGUAAAUAGUCUUUUUUCCAUGUCGCUAACAUUAACCCUUAAUAUUGUUCACAUCUAUGUAAAGAUUUCAUCCUAGUUUAUCUGUGAAGCAUAGACUCUGAAGACAGACUGCUGGGGUUCGUAUCCCAGGUAUUCCCUAGUUGUCCUGAGGCGCAAACAACUUUUUAGAUGUGGAUGCUCUCUCAAUGUUAUUAUGUAGUUGACCUUUUUUUGUUGGAUAUUUAGAUUGUUUCCAAGCUUUUCACUCUUACAAAUACACUGUAAUUAACAAAUUCAGUGCACUCUUAAUUGCUUCCAAAGGAAAUAUUUGUGGUCAAUUAAGGAAUCUUUUCCAGAGUGAAUCAUGCGCUCAACAUACAUCAAGUGUCCAUAUGCACAAAGCAUUAUGCUAUGCACAAAGAAAAAUGAACACAGUUCUCUUAAGACAUUGAAAAUGCAGUGGGGGGCAGGGAGGAGGCAGAGAAAAGCACAUUCAUAUACAAAUAUAAUACUAUACAGAAAUACAACACUAUGUAGAUAAGAGUUAUAGACAAAUGAAGAACUAUGGGAAAGGAGAGAAGAAAGAGUACCUUCAGCCAGAGAAUUAUGUUAUGCAAUAAAAGAGAAAGAAAAACUUCCUCCUCUGCUCCCACCACCUCCCAAAUACCCAAAUCAGAAUUCAGAAUGGUUUCCCUCUAUCAUGUUGAGAAUUUGUUACCUCAACAGAGAACACCAAGGGCUGUGUUCCAAAGUUAGAAGCCGAGAUAUGGGCUUACAUUGCGAGGCCAAAUAUUUAGGAAAUACCUUUUUCUGGAAAGGAAAGAACACAUUUCACAGCUGAAAAGAGAAGUGAAAAAUGAAACUAAAGAAGCAUGAAGGUAAUAUUUACUUGCUAUAUUUAUACAGUGCCUACCUUUAGAAAAGCCUGGCUACAAAUCCAGCCUGUGCCCCCCUAACACACAUACACUCUGUUCUCAGUUAUCUGGCUUUUUGUGAAUUCUCUGCAGCAGAUUUUACAAUCAUUUUACUAUCAUUGUAAACUGUACACUUCCUUCCUCCAACCCAGCUCAGCCUGUCAUCCCCUCCAAGACUGAAUCUGAGUUUGGAGGCAGCCACUCCUGGCCUAAGUCCAGGCUCCACAGUUUACCAGCUGGGUGACCCUGGACAUGUAACUUAAGUCUCUAAGUCUCAGUUUCCACAUCUGUAAAAUGGAGAUAAUAACAACAUCAUCUACCAUGUAGGAUUGAAAUGAGGAUUAUAUAUGUUUGUAAAGCACUUAUCAUAGCACAGAGCACUCAAUAGUGUUAGCUAUUAUUAUUCCUGUUCUACAGCAUAGAAGUGGUGUGCGAAAGAGAGAGAGAGAGGGGGGGGGCAUCGUUCCUGCAAGGAGGCCAGUGUGGCUUGGUAAGGAGGGCAGCAGGAGAGGACAACAGACGUUGUACAGGCUGUUCGCGUGGGUCCGUGCAGGCUGUUCUAAGGACCUUGGCUUUUUCUAAGUGACAUGGUGUGCCAAUGGCAGGCUCUGAGCAGAGAAGUGCUGUGAUAUGACAUUUUAAAUGGAUUACUCUGUCAAUUGAGAAUAAACCACAGGAGGGGCGAGGGGAGACCAGGGAGAACAGCCUCUGUACAAACCCAGGUGAAGGAAGAUGUUGGCUCAGACCUGGAGGCAGCAGGGGAGGAACUGAGAAGUGGCUUUAUCUGAAGGUAGAACCAAGGAGAUUUUCUGAAGGAUUAGAUGUAGGGGAUGAGAGAAAGGAGUCUGGAAUGAUUCCAGGUUUGGGGCCCCAUCAAACGCAAUAGGGAAGGCUGUGUGAGGAGCAGCUUUGUACAGAAAAAAGGAAUCCAUUGUUUGGAUAUGUUAGAUUUGAGAGGUCUAUUGAUCACCUAAGUGGAGACUGAGGCUGGCUGUGUAGCCUGGCAUUCAGGAAGAGAGGUCUGGGCUGGAGAUACAAAUUGGAAACAGCUGCUUAAAUCCAUAGAGAUGGAUAGGAUCAGCCAGGGAACGAGUGGAGAUGGGAGGUGAGGUCUGAGAACACGAAGGUGGAGGGAGUUGUGGGCUCCCCUGCCAGGGCUCAGGAAGCCCACUCUAGAGGAGCCCGGGCCUGCAGGGGGUGCGGUGUACUUGCUGUGGCUGCAAUGAGUUGGAGAGAAAUGUUUGCUUCUUCUGGAAGGAGAGGCGCUCAAUAGAUUCCUGCCAGAGUGGCAACAAUAAUUAAGAGAAGUAGGUAAGGAUAUCCUAGUAGAACACGUGCUCGGCUGCCUCCAAGGAAUUAGAAAACCUGGAUCUAUUAAUCUGUUCAGACAUCUGGGCACCACUGCUUUGCCUGCGAGGCUCCGCCCUCCGGCCCUUUCUCUCCCCUUCCCUCUUCCCAUCUUCGCCUCUGUAUGUCACUUCUAUAACCGCUUUGAUUAUAAUUGAUCAGACAGAAUCACGGAAUCACGGCUCAUUUUGCUGUUUUGUUCAGUGGCCCGGUCUGCAGAGACUCGGCUAGUUGGGCAGACUGUAGCCCUCCCCCCCGUUGGAAUUCCGCUCACAGUGGCCUUCCCGUCGUGGACGGCAGCGCAGGGAAGCGGGGGUGCUGCCGAGGAUGACGCGGGCGGGGGUCUGGAGGCGGCGGGGCACGCGAGGGGUGUCGGUGCGGCGCCCACGCAGCCCGCCAGAGCCCACGGUUGGCCCACGCCCCGCCCCCCGGGGGGCGCCGCGCGUAGUCCCCCGUCGCCGCCCUCACCCAGCCCGCGCCUCGCCUGCGCCCCUUGACGUCAUGUGGGCAGCAGGGCUGGCUCCGCGGCGCAGCCGAGGGCCAAGAGGGUCCUCACAGGGGACUCGGUCUGUGCUGUGCGCCCUGCGUCGUGCGCCCGGUCCCUGCGCGCCGCCGCCGCCGCGCCACAUCUGGAAGCGUUCAGCGCGUCUGCCUCCAGCGCGCCGGGCGGGCGGGGAGGGCGCGGGCGCGGGCGCGGCGGCGGGCUGGGCUGGAGGCGGUGUGCGCGGCGCUCUCGCGCGCCCCGUGUCUCCCUCUCACUGCCUCUGCAGAAACAGCUCCUGCCAGAACGGCGCUCGGCGCGGCGCGGCCCGAAGCGGCGGCCCCUCUUCCUGCCUCCGCGCCUCAGGAGUUGCUGGAGCUUCUUGACAGAGAAGAGCCGAGCCGGGGCCUCGGGAGGACUGUCCAGGAGAGGCGGAGACGGUUCAGCCCUUGCUGGCCCAGGCGGCCCCUCUCUCCCGGUCUUGGGUCCAUCGCUCCCCUCGCCCCUCCUUUCCGCCUCUUCUCUCGCUGCCUCUCUCGGUUUAUUUUUUCAAACGGUGUAGCUGCCAGAGGUGCGGUGCUAAAUUCUUGGAAGGGGCCCGGAUGUACUGAGGAUGCAUUACAAUUUCACUCAAGGAGGCAGUAGUGGAAAGGAUCAGUUUUUGGUGUUUGAUGCAAUAAUGGGAAUCAGGUAAUUAUCAGAAGGGAAGAAGAAAUACCGCAGAUCCACGGCUUCCUUGAAUUUUGCACGAAAUCCGCCGACCUCGGAGGGAUUAAUCCAGACCCGCUGGGGGGUGUUUUGACAUUUCUUCCUCUUUGUGGCUUCUCCUUUUAAAACAAUUUUUGGUUAAUGGUCAAUGAAAACACGAGGAUGUACAUCCCAGAGGAAAACCACCAAGGUUCCAGCUAUGGGAGUCCACGCCCAGCUCACGCCAACAUGAAUGCCAAUGCGGCAGCAGGGCUUGCCCCUGAGCACAUCCCCACCCCGGGGGCGGCCUUGUCCUGGCAGGCAGCCAUCGAUGCGGCCCGGCAGGCCAAGCUGAUGGGAAGCGCUGGCAACACGACCAUCUCCACAGUCAGCUCCACACAGCGGAAGCGGCAGCAGUAUGGGAAACCCAAGAAGCAGGGCAGCACGACGUCCACGCGCCCGCCUCGCGCCCUGCUCUGCCUGACUCUAAAGAACCCCAUUCGGAGGGCGUGCAUAAACAUCGUGGAAUGGAAACCAUUUGAAAUCAUUAUUUUACUGACCAUUUUUGCCAAUUGUGUGGCCUUAGCGAUCUAUAUUCCCUUUCCAGAAGAUGACUCCAACGCCACCAAUUCCAACUUGGAACGAGUGGAAUAUCUCUUUCUCAUCAUUUUUACUGUGGAAGCAUUUUUAAAAGUCAUAGCCUAUGGACUUCUCUUUCACCCCAAUGCUUACCUCCGCAACGGUUGGAAUUUACUCGAUUUCAUAAUUGUGGUCGUAGGGCUUUUUAGUGCAAUUUUAGAACAAGCAACCAAAGCUGACGGGGCCAAUGCCCUAGGAGGGAAGGGGGCUGGAUUUGACGUGAAGGCUUUGAGGGCGUUCCGUGUGCUGCGCCCCCUGCGGCUGGUGUCCGGAGUCCCGAGUCUCCAGGUGGUUCUGAAUUCCAUCAUUAAGGCCAUGGUCCCCCUGCUGCAUAUCGCCCUUCUCGUGCUAUUUGUCAUCAUCAUCUACGCUAUCAUCGGCCUGGAGCUCUUCAUGGGGAAAAUGCACAAGACCUGCUACAACCAGGAGGGCAUAGCAGAUGUUCCAGCAGAAGAUGAUCCUUCCCCUUGUGCCCUGGAGACAGGCCACGGGCGACAGUGCCAAAACGGCACAGUGUGCAAGCCCGGCUGGGAUGGGCCCAAGCACGGCAUCACCAACUUUGACAAUUUUGCCUUCGCCAUGUUGACAGUGUUCCAAUGCAUCACCAUGGAGGGCUGGACAGACGUGUUGUACUGGGUCAAUGAUGCCGUAGGAAGGGACUGGCCCUGGAUCUAUUUUGUUACACUAAUCAUCAUAGGGUCAUUUUUUGUACUUAACUUGGUUCUCGGUGUCCUUAGCGGAGAGUUUUCCAAAGAGAGGGAGAAGGCCAAAGCUCGGGGAGAUUUCCAAAAGCUGCGAGAGAAGCAGCAGCUGGAAGAGGACCUGAAAGGCUACCUGGACUGGAUUACUCAGGCAGAAGACAUCGACCCUGAGAACGAGGACGAAGGCAUGGAUGAGGAGAAACCCCGAAACAGAGGCGCUCCAGCGGGCUUGCUUGAUCAGAAGAAAGGGAAGUUUGCUUGGUUUAGUCACUCCACAGAAACCCAUGUGAGCAUGCCCACAAGUGAGACGGAGUCUGUCAACACUGAGAACGUGGCUGGAGGAGACAUCGAGGGAGAAAACUGUGGGGCCAGGCUGGCCCACCGGAUCUCCAAGUCGAAGUUCAGCCGCUACUGGCGCCGGUGGAAUCGGUUCUGCAGGAGGAAGUGUCGCGCCGCAGUCAAGUCCAAUGUCUUCUACUGGCUGGUGAUUUUCCUGGUGUUCCUCAACACGCUCACCAUUGCCUCAGAGCACUACAACCAGCCCCACUGGCUCACAGAAGUCCAAGACACGGCCAACAAGGCACUACUGGCGCUCUUCACUGCGGAGAUGCUGUUGAAGAUGUACAGCCUGGGCCUGCAGGCCUACUUCGUGUCCCUCUUCAACCGCUUCGAUUGCUUCAUCGUGUGUGGGGGCAUCCUGGAGACCAUCCUGGUGGAGACCAAGAUCAUGUCGCCCUUGGGUAUCUCUGUGCUGAGAUGUGUCCGGCUACUGAGGAUAUUUAAAAUCACAAGGUACUGGAACUCGCUGAGCAACCUGGUGGCAUCCUUGCUGAACUCUGUGCGAUCCAUCGCCUCCCUACUGCUACUCCUCUUUCUCUUCAUCAUCAUCUUCUCCCUCCUGGGGAUGCAGCUGUUUGGAGGGAAGUUCAACUUUGACGAGAUGCAGACCCGGAGGAGCACGUUUGAUAACUUUCCCCAAUCCCUCCUCACCGUGUUUCAGAUCCUGACCGGGGAGGACUGGAAUUCGGUGAUGUAUGAUGGGAUCAUGGCUUAUGGCGGCCCCUCUUUUCCAGGGAUGUUAGUCUGUAUUUACUUCAUCAUCCUCUUCAUCUGUGGAAACUAUAUCCUACUGAACGUGUUUUUGGCCAUUGCCGUGGAUAACCUGGCCGAUGCCGAGAGCCUCACAUCUGCCCAAAAGGAGGAAGAGGAAGAGAAGGAGAGAAAGAAGCUAGCCAGGACUGCCAGCCCAGAGAAAAAACCAGAGGUGUUGGAGAAGGCGGCCGUAGAGGAGACCAAGGAGGAGAAAAUCGAGCUGAAAUCCAUUACAGCUGAUGGAGAGUCCCCGCCCGCCACCAAGAUCAACAUGGAUGAUCUUCAGCCCAAUGAAAAUGAGGAUAAGAGCGCCUACCCCAACCCAGAAACAACAGGAGACGAAGAUGAGGAGGAGCCUGAGAUGCCCGUGGGCCCUCGCCCACGACCGCUGUCUGAGCUGCACCUUAAGGAAAAGGCAGUGCCCAUGCCAGAAGCCAGUGCAUUUUUCAUCUUCAGCCCCAACAACAGGUUUCGCCUCCAGUGCCACCGCAUUGUCAAUGACACCAUCUUCACCAACCUGAUCCUCUUCUUCAUUCUGCUCAGCAGCAUUUCCCUGGCUGCUGAGGACCCCGUCCAGCACACGUCCUUCAGGAACCAUAUUCUGUUUUAUUUUGAUAUUGUUUUUACUACCAUUUUCACCACCGAAAUUGCUCUGAAGAUGACUGCUUAUGGGGCUUUCUUGCACAAGGGCUCCUUUUGCCGGAACUACUUCAACAUUUUGGACCUGCUAGUGGUCAGCGUGUCCCUCAUCUCCUUCGGCAUCCAGUCCAGUGCAAUCAACGUAGUAAAGAUCUUGCGAGUUCUGCGAGUACUCAGGCCUCUGAGGGCCAUCAACAGAGCCAAGGGACUGAAGCACGUGGUUCAGUGUGUGUUUGUCGCCAUCCGGACCAUCGGCAACAUCGUGAUUGUCACCACGCUGCUUCAGUUCAUGUUCGCCUGCAUCGGGGUCCAGCUCUUCAAGGGAAAGCUCUACACCUGUUCAGAUAGUUCCAAGCAGACUGAGGCAGAAUGCAAGGGUAACUACAUCACCUACAAGGACGGGGAGGUUGACCACCCCAUCAUCCAGCCCCGCAGCUGGGAGAACAGCAAGUUUGACUUUGACAAUGUUCUGGCGGCCAUGAUGGCCCUCUUCACUGUCUCCACCUUUGAGGGGUGGCCAGAGCUGCUGUACCGCUCCAUCGACUCCCACACAGAAGACAAGGGCCCCAUCUACAACUACCGCGUGGAGAUCUCCAUCUUCUUCAUCAUCUACAUCAUCAUCAUCGCCUUCUUCAUGAUGAACAUCUUUGUGGGUUUCGUCAUCGUCACCUUCCAGGAACAGGGAGAGCAGGAGUACAAGAACUGUGAGCUGGACAAGAACCAGCGACAAUGCGUGGAGUACGCCCUCAAGGCCCGACCCCUGAGGAGGUACAUCCCCAAGAACCAGCACCAAUACAAAGUGUGGUACGUGGUCAACUCCACCUACUUUGAGUACCUGAUGUUUGUCCUCAUCCUGCUCAACACCAUCUGCUUGGCCAUGCAGCACUAUGGGCAGAGCUGCCUGUUCAAAAUCGCCAUGAACAUCCUCAACAUGCUCUUCACUGGUCUUUUCACUGUGGAGAUGAUUCUGAAGCUCAUUGCCUUCAAACCCAAGGGUUACUUUAGUGAUCCCUGGAAUGUUUUUGACUUCCUCAUCGUAAUUGGCAGCAUAAUUGACGUCAUUCUCAGUGAAACUAAUCACUAUUUCUGUGAUGCAUGGAAUACAUUUGACGCCUUGAUUGUUGUGGGUAGCAUUGUUGAUAUAGCAAUCACCGAGGUAAACCCAGCUGAACAUACCCAAUGCUCUCCCUUUAUGAAUGCAGAGGAGAACUCCCGCAUCUCCAUCACCUUCUUCCGCCUCUUCCGGGUCAUGCGCCUGGUCAAGCUGCUGAGCCGUGGGGAGGGCAUCCGGACCCUGCUCUGGACCUUCAUCAAGUCCUUCCAGGCCCUGCCCUACGUGGCCCUUCUGAUAGUGAUGCUGUUCUUCAUCUAUGCAGUGAUCGGGAUGCAGGUGUUUGGAAAAAUUGCUCUGAACGAUACCACAGAGAUAAACCGGAACAACAACUUUCAGACCUUCCCUCAAGCUGUGCUGCUGCUCUUCAGGUGUGCCACCGGGGAGGCGUGGCAGGACAUCAUGCUGGCCUGCAUGCCGGGGAAGAAGUGCGCCCCAGAGUCAGAGCCCGGCAACAGCACGGAAGGGGAGACGCCCUGCGGCAGCAGCUUCGCCGUCUUCUACUUCAUCAGUUUCUACAUGCUCUGUGCCUUCCUGAUCAUCAACCUCUUUGUGGCUGUCAUCAUGGACAACUUUGACUACCUUACAAGGGACUGGUCAAUCCUUGGUCCCCACCAUCUGGACGAAUUUAAAAGAAUCUGGGCAGAGUAUGACCCUGAAGCCAAGGGCCGCAUCAAACACCUAGAUGUGGUGACUCUGCUCCGGCGGAUUCAGCCCCCACUGGGUUUUGGAAAGCUGUGCCCUCACCGUGUGGCUUGCAAACGCCUGGUCUCCAUGAACAUGCCUCUGAACAGUGAUGGGACAGUCAUGUUCAAUGCCACCCUGUUUGCCCUGGUCCGGACAGCCCUGAGGAUCAAAACAGAAGGGAACCUGGAACAAGCCAAUGAGGAGUUGCGGGCCAUAAUCAAGAAGAUCUGGAAGAGGACCAGCAUGAAGCUGCUGGACCAGGUGGUCCCCCCCGCGGGUGAUGAUGAGGUCACGGUUGGCAAGUUUUAUGCUACUUUCCUGAUCCAAGAGUACUUCCGGAAAUUCAAGAAGCGCAAAGAGCAGGGGCUCGUGGGCAAGCCCUCCCAGAGGAACGCCUUGUCCCUGCAGGCUGGCUUGCGCACGCUGCACGACAUCGGGCCCGAGAUCCGACGCGCCAUCUCUGGAGAUCUGACAGCUGAGGAGGAGUUGGACAAAGCCAUGAAGGAGGCUGUGUCUGCGGCUUCUGAAGACGACAUCUUCAGGAGGGCUGGUGGCCUGUUCGGCAACCAUGUCAGCUACUACCAAAGCGACGGCCGGAGCGCCUUCCCCCAGACCUUCACCACCCAGCGCCCACUGCACAUCAACAAAGCGGGCAACAGCCAAGGCGACACCGAGUCGCCAUCCCACGAGAAACUGGUGGACUCCACCUUCACCCCCAGCAGCUACUCAUCCACUGGCUCCAACGCCAACAUCAACAAUGCCAACAACACUGCCCUGGGCCGCUUCCCCUGCCCCACCGGCUAUCCCAGCGCAGUCAGCACCGUGGAGGGCCACGGCCCCCCCUUGUCUCCUGCCAUCCGGGUGCAGGAGGCAGCGUGGAAGCUCAGCUCCAAGAGGUGCCACUCCCGGGAGAGCCAGAUAGCCAUGGUGUGUCAAGAGGAGGUCUCUCAGGGCGAGACCUAUGACGUGAAGAUGAGUGAAGAUAGCGAGUACUGCAGCGAGCCCAGCCUGCUCCCCACAGAGAUACUCCCCUAUCAGGAUGAUGAAAACCGACAAUUGACACCCCCUGAGGAGGACAAGAGGGACAUCCGGCAAUCUCCAAAGAGGGGUUUCCUCCGCUCUGCCUCCCUAGGUCGAAGAGCCUCCUUGCACCUGGAAUGUCUGAAGCGACAGAAGAAUCAAGGGGGAGACAUCUCUCAGAAGACAGUCCUGCCCUUGCACCUAGUUCAUCAUCAGGCAUUGGCAGUGGCAGGCCUGAGCCCCCUCCUCCAGAGAAGCCAUUCCCCCACAACAUUCCCCAGGCUAUGUGCCACCCCCUCUGCCACGCCCGGCAGCCGAGGCUGGCCCCCGAAGCCCAUCCCCACCCUGCGGCUGGAAGGAACCGAGUCCAGCGAGAAACUCAACAGCAGCUUCCCAUCCAUCCACUGCAGCUCCUGGUCUGGGGAUCCCACACCCUGUGGGGGGGGCAGCAGUGCCACCCGGAGAGCCCGGCCUGUGUCCCUCACUGUGCCCAGCCAGGCCGGGGCCUGGGGUCGGCAGUUCCACGGCAGUGCCAGCAGUCUGGUGGAAGCGGUCUUGAUUUCGGAAGGACUGGGGCAGUUUGCUCAAGAUCCCAAGUUCAUCGAGGUCACAACCCAGGAGCUGGCUGAUGCCUGCGACAUGACCAUAGAGGAGAUGGAGAAUGCUGCUGACAACAUUCUCAGUGGGGGCACCCAGCAGAGCCCCAAUGGCACCCUCUUACCUUUUGUGAACUGCAGGGACCCGGGGCAGGACAGAGCAGGGCGCGAAGAGGAUGAGCCCUGUGGGCCCGCCCAGGAGUGUCGGAGAAGCGAAGAGGAGCUGCAGGACCACAGGGCCUAUGUCAGCAGCCCGUAGUAGCAGGGCUGAGGAGAUGCUGGGUUUUUUAUCUGUUUCAAUGUUCCUAAAGGGUUCGUUUCAGAAGUGCCUCACUGUUCUCGUGACCUGGAGUUAACCGGAACAGCGUCUUCAUUCAUUUCGUUGGGACAAGACGCAGAGUUGGGUGGUAUGGAGAGUCAGCUUUGUUGGGGAAGAAAAGCAGCAACCCCAGUUUGUGUCCACAGAGGUAGAGUGGUGAGAAGGAGGAGGUGGAAGGGUCCGGGAGGAAGCAAGAGAAGCCCUCCCUGUUGUGUUUCAGGCCCUGCACCAGGAACCAGCAGUCGCCUUGGGCAUGAAAAGGACCCUCAGCUUCCUGCGGUAGCCCUCACCAAAAGGACCUUUGUUAAACGGGUGUCUUUCAACUUUGCUUGUAAAAAAAAUCAUUUUGCACAUAUUCUGUACGAGCCUCACUGUCCCCAUAGAGCCAGGGCCCUGUAGAUUUGCGGAAGAGAGCGGGCAUGACUUCCCAAGGACCCAGCCGGACCCCAAAGAGGGAGGAGGAAGCACGAAGAGGCGGCGGGAGCUGAGGAGCCCGGAAGGAGAGCGGGGCAGCGCUGCAGCUUCACCACAAGGCCAGGCCUCUGCCCAUCUGCACAGGCCACCCAGCCCCAAGUUCCAGCCCCGCAGCCCACCAGCAGCCCGCCAGCCUCCUGCGAAGGGAAUGGCACUGCCUGCCCAGAAGGGGCAGCCAGCUCUUGACACAGCAAGGUGGUGCUGAGCUCCUGUUGAGCGCUCUUUUGUUCUGUGGUUUGACAUCCUUCUUGACAGCAUGUUGCAGUUUUCAUUGUUUCGGUUUUUUAUUUCUUUUAAAUUUUGUUUUCCCAGGGGGAGGGGAGUAAGAAGAGUGUUUACAAAGUUCUGUAGCCACCCAUCUUACUGUUUUCACCUUUGAAAAUGUAAAUCAGGUUUGGUUUGAACGUAUUAUUUAAACGGGUGUGGUUUCCUUUUUCUACGGAGGGUUCAAUUGAGCCACAGUAGGAGAGUUUUACCACCCAUUGUAUGCCCAAGAAUUUGUUAUAAUUUCCGUAGGUAGUAACAAAAAAAUUGGGAGGGGGUUGGUUUUACAAUUUAAAGGUAAUCAGCAAUGCACUUGAUAUGGUCUUGCACAGAUGGGUCACUGAGUGGGUUCUUGUGAAUGCCAGGUGUAUUGGUGGGUGCCAGAGAGAGGAAGCCUCUCUGUGUGUGUGUGUGUGUGUGUGUGUGUGUGAGAGAGAGAGAGAGAGAGAGAGAGAGAGAGAGAGAGAGAGAGAGAGAGAGAGAGAGAGAGAGAGAGAGAGAGAGACACGUAUAUAGUGGGUUGGCUUUGUGCGUACAUCGUACAUGUGUACAUGCACCCACGCAGCGCAUCCAUGCGCCAAAUGAGUAAGCAGCUCCCCGUUUCUGAGUUAACUGGGAGGUCAGAGUCUGGGGCCAUUUGAAAGCAAAAACAAACCAAUGUCUCUGCUUCUGAAACGGGAAUCAGUAACUCUUUGCAUUUUCUGUCCCACAAGAUAUGCAAAAACAAUGCAAUAAUAUUCAUUUCAAAAACACAAUUGUGAGUCCUGUUGGCAUUAAAACUGUAUUUUAAAAAACACACAGAAAUUUAUGGGAAAAACUCAAGAAGGCGUUUUGCUUCGAUAUAUUCCGUGUGAUGUUUUAUUGCAUUGAUAAUGUUUCUGUUGAAGAAACCGUUAUACUUGAAUUCAGGUCAGUUUCAGUAUUUUACAAAUAUUUUUUUAAAACUGAAUUGCAAUUGUGCCAAGCGAAUAUAAUGAAUUGAAUUAAGUUUGUUUUUGAAUUCACUCCUUGUAUAUUUUGCUGCAUGUAAGUAAAUCAUUUUGUAUUUGGAGUGUGACAAGCUUUACCUUUGAACUCUUAAGUGCUUUCCUGUAUGUGGUUGGGGGAAAGGGAAUGAUUUUUCUCUUAAUGUGUACAAUGAGCAAGGGUCUCACCAGUGUAAAUCAUUAUUCUGCUAUCCACCAACAGGUUUGGACAUGACUGUUUUGCAUAUCUUGUGUUUGCUUCGGUUUCCCUCAAUUUUUCCAGAAGUAUAUGAUAGGUAUGUUUGUACUACAUCUUCCUUUGAGAGACCAGAACAUAUCUUAUUCCAGUCUUCACUCUAUCUAGUCUGCACCAGUUCUCUGAUCGGAAAUUUCUCUAGGAACAGCCCUUCACUGUGAGGGCUCAUGAGGGAGACCUUCUCACCAGCCUCUCUCCUCACCUUGUUGGCAUCAGUGUCUCCCAAGGGAGAGGAAGGGUGGCUGACUUUUCUCUUCACUCCCACCGCACAAACUUUGCUCAGUGGUUUCUCAGGAAAGUAUACGCUGACUGUGAGGAUGGGAUUAGAGUUGGGCUGGUGGGAAGGGAAGGGCAUCCUUUCAACUGCUCUACCCAAACUCAGGAGGGGCUAGGAAAAGGCAACCAAAUAAAAUCUUUGUCCAUCCAGAAGUCAAAUCUGUCAUGCUCACCUCUCCAUCUUUUCUUCACUCUGGACCAGGAGAUCCUCCCCUAGGGGAUGUGGCCAUGGAGGGGACCAGGAUAAGAGAGGGGGCAUCGGGAGUUCACAGAGAUGGUGGAACCAGAGACUUUGUGGGAGUUUCUUUUUUGCCAGUUGCUUCUACCUAGAGCAUCACCCUAUUGAAGCUGUUUGCUUUUAAUAGAUUUCAGUAAUGAUGGUUGAAAAGGGAUUGAUUUGGGGAAAUAGGACCCAACUAUUCACCCAGAAUUUACCCAUUGAAUCUCUUCCAGUCCAGUGUUCUCUCAGUCCUUCUUGGCAAUUAUAUAAGCAACCUAGAAAUUUAAAGUGGGAAAAGUCCAUUUCUCAAUGAAGUCCAUUUCUUAUGGACUAAUUCAUGAAAAAGUGGAGAAAUGUGCCAGAUACUCCCAGGUUAACUUGAAAUCUGGAAAUAGUUUCUUCUUGUUUCUCCAAGCCCAACCCAUCCAAACAUGCUUGGUUCCUUUUCAAUGCUAUCAGGGUCUUCUAGAAAUUAAGUUUAGGUGUCGCUCUUUGUCCAGUUUCCCAAAAUGUUUGCCACUAUGUUGCUAAGAUUUUAGUUAUGAUGGAGAGAGGAGUCCUUUUACAUUGAUAUCUGGUUCUUGCUAUACAUUUGAUCCCUAGAUAAAAUGUGGAAUCUUAAUUGAACACACACACACACACACACACACACACACACACGCUCAGCCUUUCCAUUCUGUUUUCCUUUUGGACUUCUCAUCUACAUCACCAAAUCUCAUUGGCCAGUGGCAUGGGCUACAGGCUGGGCUCAUUCCAGCUACUCCCAGGGCCCUACCUAAGUAGGGGCCUCUUGACCUUCACCAGUCACACCCACAGGCUCCCUUCUACUUUAUAGUCAACUCCAUCAAGAAGGGCAGCUAGCCUUUCUCCCUACCCCCAUAAAAACAGUGUCAGCAGUGACAAGGACACUUUGUUCUAUGCUGCUGUGAAGGAAGGGAGUUUCAGAAGGGAGUUCCCUGCCUAGGGUCUUUCUGAACCUGACCUCACGCUCCACUUAUGUAGGAUUGACAUGUGAUAACCUGUCAUCAUCACAGACUGGCAGAAUCAGUCAUGACAUCAAUGAACCUCAUCCACGGUGUACUAAGUGAUGUUUACUUUUCACCUAAAGUAGAACUUUCCUAUGACCUUGUAAAACAUAAUGAUCAAAUCUGAAAACCCUCAGGUGGCAGGAGAAAAGCAACCAUGCUGAGGACCAGAAAGACUUGAAGAAAUGCAGCUUAUGUUCUGCAAGUUGGUAAACUUGAUUUUUAUCUUCUGACUAGCCCCAGCCUCUUUUAUUUCCACACCUUGGUCUUUUAAUAAUUAUUCAUGUGCAUGGCUACAUUAAGCAGAGAGAUUUUCAGCUGUCUCCUUUCUGCCUAUUCCUAGAAGGUUCUUUUUUGUCUUCAGGUAAAAAGAGGAGACUUUUUUACCUAGACAUUGGCUUGAUUCAUGAACUUUUCUCUGCUUCAGAAGCUAUUAGUUACAGUCCUUCUGUCAGCUUCUGACAGGCAUCCCUCUGACUGGGAGAUCCAAGGACAAUGGUACAAGACUUCCUUACUUUGUCUAUGAUCCUCCUUUGGGACCCUCCUUUCAGGUUUCAGAGGCUUGUUUGGAGUGAAGCUGCCUAUCACUUCCUCACAGCCAUCUCCUUCCAGAACUUCUCCUUAUCAUGCAGCUGAAGAUAGUACGGCAACCAUGGAAAUAUACUUUCCAAUGCUAAAGUAGUAUCUUUCUGAGAAAUAAGAGCAUCCUGAAAAUGAGGACUUUGGAGGUCAUCAAAAAGAUGAUGUUUGUUUCGCAGAGGCCAGGUGGUACCUGCCCCUCACUCUGAAGGCCAAGAGUAUAACAAGAACUUGGAUUAGGCAUAAAGAAGAGCUCUGGUAGUCAGUGUUUCAGCCUCAUCAAACCACAAACAUGCAUGUUGCUAAGAGGACGGUGGCCUCUUCACCCCCAGAGACCCAGGAGAAUUGAAAUAUCAUCGUCAAGUGUUAGAAACAGUUUAGCAAAGAGACCAAGAGAAGGGCAAUCUGGUUUCAAGAGGACCCCUUUAAGCCCCAGGUUAGUAAAAAAACUUGCCAAUAAGAGUCCAGGCCAGUUCUGUUUUUGAAGACAUGGCUCUGGUCUGGGGAAAAUGUCAGCACAGAGAGAAGUGGAAGAGAAAAGGGGGCAAAAAAGGGCAUGUUUUGACUUCCUAUGUGCCUGUUCCCAUUUGAUGGAGAGAAAUCUCCAAUUCAACCACCUACAGUGGCCAGCACAGAAAAGAGGCUGAUGCCUCGAGGAUCUACUUUGGAAGAAAAGUACAAUUUUGACUGACAUCACCUACCCAACCAAAUCAACAUAUCUAGCCAGAUGUGAGGUGCCUGCCACCCUAGCUUCCCUCUCUGCUGACGUCCCUGUCCCUAUAUUAUCCAGCGUGUUACCUCAAACAGGCCCUACAUGGAAAGCAGGAGGUGAAGCCCUAAUCCCAUUCAUGGCGAAGCUCUCAGUCACCAACAUCCAGGUUGUCCAGCAGUACAUCUAAGGAGACAGCAUGAAAGGGAGUGUCCUACAGCUGCCAGAGGUGGGAACUCUGUCGCCUUCCCUAGGCAGCCUCUCUAGUCCAGCCUCCUGCCCCAGCCGCUGCUUCUCCCUCUUCUCCGACCCCUAGUCUAGUGAGAAAGACCGAGAAUUGAAAGGGAUCUCAUGUGCAGAUUCUGACAUAGCUUCUUUGCAAACCAUUUCUGGUUUCAACUUUAUUUACUUGUUUGUUUGUUUGUUUGUUUGUUUGUUUGUUUUUCAAAACAAUGAAACAUUGCUUUGUGGAGGCAGAUACCAAUGUAACAGGGAAAUAAAUGGGUAUCUGCCAGGUUUCUACAUUGUUGGGAAGACACUUGACCACCACACACACACACACACACACACACACACACACACACACACACAUGCAUAUCCUUAAGGGACAAGUGCUGGUGCUGGGGUCGAGCUCCAGACAAAUGAUUUUGUCCCCUCCCAGAAGCCUGAGCUCUGUAUAGAGAAAUGGGGAGAAGACCAGCAUCACUUUCUUGGGUGGAAAUAGUGCCAUCUGAACCUACUAUUACUAGGAACUAAGUAUAAUUUGUCCACUCCUAAAAUCCAGACCUUUUCCUCACAUGAUUUUAAGAGGCUUGGUCUACAGCAAAUGCAGUGGUAAGAUUCUCAGGCUUUGUGGUGUAUUAGAAAAGCCAUUUAACCCACCUCCAAAAUGGAAUUAGAGAUUACAGUGAAAUAUCUUAAGCUAAGUUAAAUGAAUCAGUUCACCACUGAGAGCAGAGUCAGAGUUGGGGAUUGUUCAUGAAAAUUCCUUAAAUUCCGACUACAUUAAGGAAAACAAGACAAAAACUAGUUAAUUAAACAAAAGCUUGAUAUGUUGCAUCACCAGAGUCAAAUACUCUCCCUUCAUAUCAGAUGCUGGCCUUUUCACAGAUGUAUUUAUUCCCUUUGUGGGGUAUCCUAUGCACCCCAAUUUUAAGAAUCUAAAUAAUCUGAUUUGUAUCAGGCUCCUAGAAAGGGCACGUGACAAUCUACCAUGAAUCAGGCAUUUGUUACAAAUUUGCCAUCUGAAAACCACUCAUGUACUUCAUACAUAGAAAAUGUUACACCAAGGUCAUUAUCAGAGAAAGCUGGUCGGAGACAUGGUAAGCAUUAAGGGAGGGUAAUUUCUAUGCAAGGAAAUACAGAUAUGGACUGAAUGGUUCCUAUUCCCAGUUUGGGCCUGCAGAACUUCUGCUCUGAUGUUUGUAGUGUCCUCAAGUUUAGAAGCAGGGGGAUGAUAAGGAAAAAGGAAGAGCAGGCACCAGUCUCAACAGUGACUUGCUGCCCCAGGAUCCUGAGGGCUGAGAUGUCAGUGCCUCAUGUAGGAAGUUGCUCCUGAGCCUACAACCAGGACAAGAGAGAAGAAAAGGCUCCUUGCUAUAGUCACUGGAGGAACACAAGAGGCUGAGUCACUGGGUCCUGUCCCAAGCCCCUCCCCAUAAGAUGUCCCAACAUGGAGAAUCUACACCAAGGCUAGACAGGAAAAAACUUGAGUCAAUUGUAGAUGGGUUGUAAGCUAACAAUCCUGUGCAAAGUGCUCAUUCAGAAGGCAACUUAGACUCUGUGGACUCCUUUCUGCUUGCUCACAUCACACCAUCAGACAUCAGCCAUAUUCCAUUCCCACACCCAGGUUCUACAGCACCCGUAGCUGCUUCCUGCUCUGCCCAGAACAUACACUAUUGUCACAGUGCCUCGUGGGAACAUGUCUAGCUAUGUUCUAGCACUAUGGAUAUCAAGUGCUUGAACAUGGUUACACAAUUUGUGAUGGGAGUAGAUGAGAACAACCUGUGGAAAUACCCACAAGUUCAUUAAGAAAUAAGGUGACAUGUCUCCAGUUAGUGAAGCAGUGGAAUGUCUAUUACUCUCAUUUUCCUGUUUUAUUUUAACCCCAGAGGUACAAGCAAAACUUCCCUCCGUGUAGGAGGCUCCACAUCCAUCCCCCCUCUCCUCACAUCCUCUUGCUCAGGCCUACCUUCAUGCCCCCCAAACCAAGCUGUAUCAUGCUUGUUCUCAGAGAGACGUGGAAAUUGGACAGUGCCUCCAUUCUCACCCCAAUGCCUGUCACCAUCCCCCACACCUGCACACCCCGUACCGCCCCUCCAGGCUCCAUGACUUUGCAGUCUUUCUAGUGUAAAUAUUGUUGUACAGUUUGUAAUCAUUAAAUAACCCCAUUGUCAAAGGUCUCGUCUGCUGCACCUUCUCACCCUUGAGAAGACCAGGGAGUCUACAAGGGGCGACCUUUCCAGAAAAGCUUCAGGGUGAUCUCUGUGUGAGAUGCUAUGUAUAUUCCUGUAAGAUUACAUUUUUAUCUAAGGAAUGGUGUUAUUUAAAAAACAAACAAAAAACAAAAAACAAGAAUUGCAAAUAAAUUUCUUAACAAUGUCUA